CAACAUCCGAACAUCGCCGUCAUUUUGUUUGUUUACUGUUUAGAGGUUUAAUUCUAUCUGCCUAAAAAAUGGGUAGAUAAUAAGAAAAUUCACAGUAAAACCAGUAAUAAUUCACUAAAAUGGGAUGAGGUUGAAAGUUCGGUAGCUCCAGCAUGAAUUAGGGUGUCCUCUUUGGCUAAAUUCACUAUAUAACCCUUAUCAAUAAUGAGUAGUGUUAGUGAAUAUAAUAGUGCGUUUAAAAGUUUAGCUUUAGUUUUGUUAAUUAUACCAAUCUGUGUCUUUACAAGCGAAUUAAAUGAUGUGUGGAUGCGAAAUGUUUCGAAAGAAUUGGGUGAAGACUUGGGUAUAAUAAAAAACGAGGAAUUGGGGAUUAGUUACAUCAAGAAAUUGUACAAAACGUUUAAUUACACCUCGGCUAUCAUUGAUGCCAACAAGACGGUAAACGAAAUUGUUUAUAAACUAGAGAGGAAAAUAGACGACAUUUUUUCCGCGCUACUGACCACUAAAGCGGCAAUUCAGAAUUUGCAAAUGCUGAAUUACACACUCAAAAUACGCUCUACUCUCCUCCCAUGUAUCAAAAAUCAAACGGAUAAGAGUGAAGAAGCAAUAAUAUCAUUGUUGGACAAGAUUAAAACCCAUGUGAUUACAAAGAAUGACACCAAACAGCAGUAUUUUAUUUCAACGUCUGAUCUCCAGUGCCAUUAUUCGCCUUUUAUUAAUUGCGAGAGAAUUGACCACAUGUUGUUGUGGAAAAAUUUCAUGUCUCGAAACAAUUAUGCUUCCAAAAACAUUGUCCUGUUGCUGGACCAUGGGGGCUCGCUCAACAAGCGCCACUUUGCCAUAGUUUUAUCAAUUGCCAAACAAAUUGUUGAAAAUUUGGACGAAGACGAUAAAAUCGCCAUACUUGCCAUAUCAAACGACUGGUCAUCUCCGCUCUUAAAUGAGGAGUGUCCGGUGACAAACCAAGUUCCUUCAGUUGUUGACGACGUUCCGAACUUUACUCACGUUACCGCCAGUAGGAAGAAGUUAUUGUACAAUUUUAUCGACGGCAUGCACAAAGGGAGCGGUGCCACAAACCACUCGUUGGGUCUCCAGAAAGCUUUAAAAGUAAUCGAGAACAGCCAGAUACAAAACGAAACUGUGAUGAUUCUGUACAUAAGCCGGGGUUUACUGUCGUCGUUGACGGAGGCCAAAGCCGUGCUUGAGACAAUAGUGGAGGCUUCGCAAAAUAUCUCCUGUCCGUUUGUUAUCAACACGUGUGCCGUUAUUGACGAUAGUAGACCCACUAUUUACGAAACGCAAUUCCUCGAAGACAUUGCGUUACAAAAUUACCAAAAGUAUAACAUCUCGCAUCCCGGGAACGUAUUCAGAGGGAUUAUGGUGCCGAUUAAUUCGACGGAAACGGUGGGCUUUGCCUUGGCUCGCUUUUACAUGGACUAUAAUCAAAACUAUAACUUGCAAAAACUGAUUUCGCUUCCAACGUGGGAUGAAAGAUCGAACGACUUGACAAUCUCCUUUUCGUUGGGGUACUUACACAACAGUAAUUUUGGGUUGUUGGGCCUUGAUGUUUAUUUUGCCAGUUGGGCCAGAGAACUUAUUUAUUUCAGCAAUUCGCACAAAAACUACUACGCUUUUUUGACCGAUAUGGCAGGACGGGUUAUCUUACAUCCGAAAUUCGCAUCAGUUAUGUCAGUAAAACGGCAAUUACAGUACGUCGAUAUAUCAUAUUUCGAAAACGUUGCAUAUCCACAUAUUGUUAAAAAGAGACUUUUGAACGAACGUGAAGGGUUUCAAUUAACUACUCAGUUUGGAUCACCUGUCAAAUGGACUUGGAAGCGAGUGGGUGAUUGGUUUAUCGUGUGCAUAGUCACACACGAGUCACCAACACCUCUCAAGCCUCACCACAUCACGUGGCCUUUUAAUACGUCGGACGACUACAGUAUUAGACUUGUGUACCGACAUUUAUUGCCGUCUGAAUCAAAUUUAUGUCGCCAUUUCAACCAAGCUGCAACUCUGGACGCUGGUUCCCUCUACUUGAGUUCGUCGUGCUUCCAAUCCGAAAAAAAGACAAUCGAGGAGGACCUCCAUAUAACAAAAAACAAUACUCAGCAAUUGGAAGAUUUGGGCUUGAAGCCUGAAAUCAAGGACGAAGUGGCAGCUCUUGCUUAUAUUUUGAGUUUUUUGCGCAGCCAACACUUGUCUAGCUUCAAAUCGAAGUAUAUAGUUCGCCGGUAUGUGGCCUCCUACAGCGGCGUACUUCAAAUGUUUCCGGGCAGUAUCCUCGAUCAAGGUCUAGAUCCGACGAAGCGAGCCUGGUUUGUGCAAGCUGUUGAGCACAAGUCGAAGAUUAUUAUGAUUCCGCCGUAUUUGGACGAAGGCGGCGCUGGUUAUAUUGUGACAAUUGCCUACGCCACCUCGGAUGUGGUUGUGGCACUUGAUGUUAGUUACGGAUUUGUGUUCCGCACACUUUUGAAACGUAUGCCCUUUUGUUUGGCCACAAAUGUCACUUGUUUUCUGAUGGAUGAUCGGGGGUACUUGAUUUAUCAUCCGAAUUUGAUAAAUCCGAACGAGCACGGGCCGGUUGAGAAGCAACAUAUUGUGCAUAAAGAAUCACUGGUUGCUAAUGAUAUUUUGAGCCAUAAAUAUUUCAUUAAGAAGGUGCUAUGUAACAGUUACGGGAGUGGCACCGUCCAGAGGUACUACAAGCUAAAUACUAGUUACAGCGAUGUUUUGGUUAGUUCGGUCCAGGGAGAGCAUUGCGUCAGUUACCACAUAGCUGCGAUACGAAAUAGCAACGUUUUCGUUGGGAUGGUUAACGCGACUUGUAACGUCGUGGUUACAUUCUGUCCGUGUAGUAUCGUGGACCGGUUAUGUCUGAACUGCAACCGCAUGGAACAAAAAGAAUGUGAAUGUCCGUGCGAGUGUCCGUUAGAACAGCUCAAAUGUACGGACUAUAACCACAGUAACAAUCCGGUUUGUAACUGGUUUCCGGAGCACGUGACUCUCAAAGCUCGCUUUGUUGAGGAUGCCACAAGUGAGAUGAAGUCAUGCUUUCCGGCCAGUUGCAAGCGCGAGAAAACUCAUUUGAGGUGUCUUGGAGUAACCGGUUGCGAAUGGUGCAAGUAUGAUAUUGAUGGUAGUCCACUGGAGAGUCCGUUUUGCGCCUCCAUGGCCACUUGUUUCAAUGGAAUCAUCGGGUCUGUGACACCCUACAGGAACUCCCUCCACGAAAUUGAUCUUCCAGAAGAGUCCUUCAGUGUGCCCAUAAGUGUCAUAACUUUGUUCAUAUUCGGAGUCCUCCUCCUCCUUUGUAUGUUCUACGUGUAUCAUCGCUCUCUGGCGCCGCAAGCCACCGAAAGAUUGUACCUUUCGUCCACUCAGGAGAAUCAUUUACGAAUGAGUGAUCUUAAUUUGAGUGAUAAUUACCACGCUAUGGGCAACCAUAGAGAUAAGUUGCUUCACGAGGACAAGCCGGAUCCGAUUUCGCCAUACUGUGUGUCGAGCAAUUACAAGAGAACGACUUUGGCGGCGGAUUCGGAUCAUGGCUACUCGACGAUGACUCAACAUGACGAGUCCGAGCAUAUGUCUUUGGCUCCGGUUGAGUUUGAUUCGUUGGAUGACGAUUUGGGGUCGGACAGUGUUUCCACUCAUAUCAGUGUGCCAAAUAAGGGACAUGUCGAACCAGCGCAGUUCACAUGUAUUCCCAGAAACAAAUGUAUUGUGGUUCCAGUCACGGUCCACAGAAACAUGGAAACGACGUAACAGUAGAUAAUAGCUUACUUAAUAAUGCCUGUGUAUAUUUCUGCACCAGUAUAUUUAUUUCCGUAGUGUACUUAAUUGUAUAUUUUGUAAAAUUUAUUUAUUUUAACUGUAGUUUUACCCUUGUAGCUUAAUUUGGUAUCCAUCCAUCGUGCGCAUAUAAAGGACUUACAAAUUUUUUACAUUACUUAACCGCCACACGUCCAUGUUUGUACAAAAUUUGUUAUAUUUGGACUUUGCGAUAAAUUGUUUGAGACAUUCUGUGCCUUAGCUCCGUUUCAAUGUUUGUUUCCUUUGCCACUUUCGAGUAAUUUGUCGGAAAUGUCCCAUUUUGACUGUUAUUGAAAAAAUUGUUACGGAUUAUUGUGCAAUACAAACGUUCAAUCGUAGCUAUCCAUUGCAUAAAGUGUACCUGUUUUUAAGGUUUGUGUACUUUUUUAAAAAUAAAUUCUGUUCAAUUGA